AUGGCAGUAGUUGGAGACUCCAGGUCCAGCGAGGAGGAGGAGGCCACAAUGUCUUCAGCCCGUCAGGGUCCCAAUGGAGGCGUGGGACACGCUCAGAAGAAGAUGAGAGCUCUAAUUCUGAAGAAGGACGGAUCCAAAAGCUCCGAUCAGUCAGCCCAUGACUCAGGCUCAGUGGCCCACCACUGGCCUCCCGCCCACAUUGUCACCAAUCAGAGUCCUGCUGUCGUCUCUCAGCCAAUCAUUCCUCAGGUCAAAGCUCUGAUCAUCGUGUGGGGCGACUACGGGCGGAUGGAUCACAAAUCGUUCAUGGGAGCUGCUCAGAUCUUAUUGGACGAUCUGGACCUGUCCGUCAUGGUUAUUGGCUGGUUAAAACUGUUUCCUGCCAUCUCAUUGGUCGACCCCGCCCUGGCCCCGUUGACCAAUAAGGAGAGGAGCGCAAUGUGCGCCGUGCGGCUGCUGCGGGUGUCGGUACGCGAGCGGCUCGGCGCCGCCGCCGAGGACGUUCUGCUGCGGCUGGAAGAAGCGGAAGAAGCGGCUGAAGUCAGCGCUCAGGCGCUGCUCACCGAGCGGCUCGCGGCGGCUGCGGAGGAGAUUGUCGGUCUGUUGGAGGAAACCGUGGCGGAGCACGAGCAGCGAGCGGAGCGGGCCGAGCGGGAGGUCUGCCGCCAGAGGAGGCUGCUCGAGGCCGUGCUGAAGCCCGACGUGCGGCUGCAGCGAGCAGAGUGUCUGCAGGAGGCGUCCCGGGGCCACACAGACCUCCAGCCUCCAGAGGACCCUGCAGACCUGAGCCAGACCGAAGCUGAGCCCGUGGACAGCGAUGCUUCCUGCCCGUCGAUGCUUCCUUCUCCUGCGAGCGAUCCGCCCCCCUCCCCGAGCAGCUCGGCCUCCAGCGGCGACCGUGUUCCCGACCGUAUCCGGCCCGCCCGCAGUCAGACGCUGAGGUCUUCGUGGAAGAGGAAGAGAGGCCGGCCGCAGCUCGCCGUCCGGAACAAACGAAAGAGGUCGACUCCGGAGCAGAGCUUCGGCUGCCACGCCUGUGGCCGCUCGCUGCAGGGGAAAGGCUUCCUGCUGCAGCACGUGCUGCAGGUCUGCGCCCGGGACUCGGACCGCUGCUGCGGCUUCUGCGGCGCGCGAUUGGACUCCGCCGCCGAGCUGACGGCUCACCUGCAGAUGCACCGGGUGAAGAGCAAAACCUGCUCCUACUGCGGAAAAACCUUCCAGUCCAUUCUGGCUCAGGAGCUGCACCUGCGCCUGCACACCGGAGAGAAACCCUACAGCUGCGACAUCUGCGGCAAGAAGUUCAGCCAGAAAGGCAACCUGUCGUCUCACAUGCGCACACACGCCGCGGAGAAACCCUUCGGCUGUAAAGAGUGCAGCCGGGCGUUCUAUCACAUGACGUCUCUAGAGCGCCACAUGCAGGAGCACAGCGGGGGGGCGGUGCACGCCUGCAGCGUCUGCAGUCGGGAGUUCAGGCAGCGCCGCGGCCUGCGCCAACACAUGGCCACGCACCGGCAGGACGCCGCGGACAAACCCGAGAGCCGCCGCAGCUCGCCGCGCUCCUACCGCUGCAAGGUGUGCAGCGAAGCCUUCGACAAGAGGGCCUCGCUGGUGAAGCACGUGGAGACUCAUCUGCAGGACCCGGACUGCUGCUGCGGACUCUGUGGACACCAGUACGAGUCCACCGCCAAGCUCGCCGCUCACCUGUGCUCCCACCGCGAGAUCGGCAACACCUGCCACAUCUGCGGGAAGUGCUUCAGUGCUCAGGCGGCGCUGCUGAUGCACAUGAGGAUCCACACCGGGGAGAAACCCUACUCCUGCAGCGCCUGCGGGAAGAGCUUCAACCAGAGCGGCAACUUGAAGACACACCUGAAGACCCACACCGGGGAAAAGGCCUUCACCUGCAGCCUCUGUGGGAAGGGGUUCACCCAGAAGCAGACGCUGGACACUCACGUCCGCUUCCACAACAAAGAGAGACGCUUCCUGUGCCAGGUGUGUGGGAAGGGCUUCAUGCAGGAAGUGGACCUGAAGAGACACCUGCUGAUCCACACGGGGGAGAAACCCUACGGCUGCAGCGUCUGUGGGCGGAGCUUCCAGGCCAAGCGCUCGCUUAACGGACACCUCAAAGUUCACUCGGCUGAAGGGGGGGAGUCGGGCCCGGAGCUGGACCAGACCUCACACCAGACCUCAGACCAGACCUCAGACUAGACCUCAGACCAGACCUCAGACCAGACCUCAGACCAGACCUCAGACCAGACCUCAGACUAGACCUCAGACCAGACCUCAGACCAGACCUCACACCAGACCUCACACCAGACCUCACACCAGACCUCAGACCAGACCUCAGACCAGACCUCAGACCAGACCUCACACCAGACCUCACACCAGACCUCAGACCAGACCUCAGACUAGACCUCAG